GUGUUGGGCAUUGGUGGGGUUCUGAAUAUGUUUGUGGAUAGCCGUCAUGCUUGGCACUUCAGGAAAGGGGUCGAGGAAGCCAAAAAAUUCUUACCCUCUGAUGACAAGUUGGUAAUAGAUUUAGAGGCAUGUGGGUUUUCACAACAAGAAGCAUCGAAGCAACGGAGCAGUAGAGUGGCUCAGGUUGAUGUAGUUGAUAAGAGAGAUUGUGCGAACACUGGAUCAAGAAGCCGGAAGAAGCCUAACGGUGAGGAUUUGGCCAUGCAAGAGGGAAGGAACAAUAAACAGUCAGCUGUUUGUUCUGAGGAGACUCUUCCAUCUGAGAUGUUUGAUAAAGUUCUGCUUUAUAAUAAAAAUGAGUCACUGAAAGUUGGUGUUGAUGCCGUUGUUGCAAAUUUGCAAGAUAAAGCGAGUAAGAUUUCAGACGGCAACCAAUUAAAAGGAUCAAAUGUUGGAAAAGGCCGUGGAAAGAAGCAGGCGAAGAAGAAAGUGGUGGACCUUAGAACACUGCUUAUUCAUUGUGCCCAAGCUGUUGCUGCCGAUGACCGUUGGACUGCGAAUGAAGUGCUGAAGCAGAUCAGGCAACAUUCCUCUCCUUCUGGGGAUGGAUCACAGAGGCUAGCCCAUUGUUUUGCUGAUGGACUUGAGGCCCGGUUGGCCGGGACUGGCAGUCAAAUUUAUCGGUCUCUCAUAGCCAAGAAGACAACAGCUUCUGAUAUCUUGAAAGCUUACCAACUUUAUCUGGCAGCGUGCCCUUUCAAGAGAAUAUCUCAUUUUUUCUCUAACCAGACAAUUUUGAAUGUGUCUGAAAAGGCAUCAAGGAUUCAUAUCAUUGAUUUCGGGAUAUAUUUUGGAUUCCAGUGGCCGUGCCUCAUACAACGUCUAUCUUACAGGGCCGGGGGUCCUCCAAACCUUAGGAUUACAGGGAUUGAUGUGGCUCAACCUGGCUUCCGCCCCACAGAAAGGAUUGAGGAGACAGGGCAAAGGUUACAAGAUUAUGCUCGAAGUUUCAAUGUUCCAUUUGAGUUUAACGCUAUUACAUCAAAAUGGGAAGCAAUCACAGUCAAAGAUCUCAAAAUCAGAAAAGAUGAAGUUCUCAUUGUCAAUUGCUUGUACAGAUUUAGGAAUCUUGUGGAUGAGACUGUUAUUGUUGAUAGUCCGAGGAACAUGGUUCUUAACACCAUAAGGCAAGCAAGUCCUGAUGUUUUUAUUCAUGGUAUAGUAAAUGGAUCAUAUAGCGCUCCCUUCUUUGUCACUCGUUUCCGGGAAGCCUUGUUCCAUUACUCUGCUUUAUUUGACAUGCUCGAGACAACUGUACCACGAGAAGAUGAGCAAAGACGACUGAUUGAGAGGGAUCUCUUCGGACGUGAGGCAUUGAAUGUCAUAUCCUGUGAAAGCUCUGAGCGGGUGGAGAGGCCCGAAACAUACAAGCAAUGGCAGGCGAGGAAUCUCCGGGCCGGGUUUGAGCAACUUCCGCUAGAUCCAGACAUCAUGAAGAGAGCCCGGGACAAAGUAAAGACCAGCUACCAUAAAGAUUUUGUGAUUGAUGAAAGCAGUCGAUGGUUAUUGCAAGGGUGGAAGGGCCGUAUCAUCUAUGCAAUCUCAACAUGGAGGCCAAAUAAAGUUCUUUAGAUGUGCUUCUCAGGAUAUUAUAUACAUAGAGCUUAUUUGUUCUAUGUUCUCAAGUUUUCCCAAUUCUCAAAGAUGAAGAACACUGAAACACAAGUGAAGGUACUUGAAUUUUGGUUGGGAUCAUAAGUCAUUGCCUUUUUAGCUUUUGUUGAUCCUUUGGUAUUAUGGCUAUGCAGGUACCUAGGUUGAACAAUUGAAAUGCAGGCUAGAUCAUAGGAAUUGCAAUAGUGGAGAAGUCCAAUGACUUGCUCAAAGGAGUUUGUCUUGUGAGUCUCCAGAAGUGAACAAAUGUUUGUAAAUAUGUGUUUGUAUCAGUAUCAAACAAAGUGUAAAAAUCAAUCGUGUGUUGAUAGGUUGUGUUUUUCUUUAAUGAUUGUAUCUCUCAUUCGUUUCAAGUGUCUUUUAUUGAAUUUGGAUUGGCA